ACUUUUCUAUUUCUCUUAAGAAGAUAGAAAUACACAAGAACAUACAUUUCACUUAAAAUUUGACUAUAAGGUGUAGUCUAUCGAUUGGAUAAGAAUGAGUUGUAAUUCAUCAUCAAUAUAUUCUGAUGGUAAAUAUCUAAUUAGUUUAUUAUUAUUAAAUAUUCGAUUAUUUCUAUUUUUUGAAGGAUUUAGUGUUGGAGAAAUUGUUUGGGCAAGACAUAAUUAUGAUGGUAUGUAUUGGCCUGGAAGAAUAACAUCUAUACCAAAUCAUUUACAAUAUCAAUCAUGGUCAUAUGUUGUUCAAUUUUUUGGAUAUAAUCAAACAAAUUGGACAAUGGAUAUUUUACCAUAUAAACAAUAUCGAGAUUAUAUGUCAAAAAAUUUACUCAUUCAUUAUGAUACUUAUCCACAAAUAAAAUAUCAUUUUCUAAAUGCUAUACAUCAAGCUGAUGCUAAUGAAAAUUCUAAUCAUAAUGACAAAUAUAUUUCUACAUCAAAUCCUAUUACUACAAAUUCUCGUCAUUCAAUACCGUAUACAAACAAUGAAUAUCCAAUAAAUUCUUAUCAUCAAUAUGGAUCGAAUUGUUCUUACAACACACAAUUCUCUUUACAAAACUAUUGUCCAUGUUGUACACAAACUUCUAUUCCAUCAAUUGAAACAAAUUUAAACUCAUCACCACAAUUAUCCAAUAAUUAUCAUCAAUUACAGAACAAUGUUAUAAAUUCUCAAGUAAAUACAUUUGAAAAAAUCCAUACAGUUAUUAUUCUUACAACAAAAACUUAUGCCAACUCAUCAUUUAUUUCAUUUAUUUUUAAUUCUCUUUCCAACUUUUUUCAUUCUUCCAUCAUCUAUAUUGAUCAUUUAACAAAUUAUCAACAUCCAACUACAUCCACUAUUUCUUAUCUCAUUUGUUUUGAUCAUUUUGAUUUAACCAUGAAACAAACAUUAAAUUCAACUAUUCUCAAUAAUCUCAAUGCACAUAUUAAUUAUUUAUUUCUUAUUAUAAAUACACCAUCUCAAGAACUUAUUACACAUUUCUAUUCAACAAUAAUGAAUAAACGAAGUAUUCUUAUUCUUCAUUAUCAUUAUUCAACAUUUGAUAAUGAAGCAUUAUUAUUAUGUUCAGGAAAUCGAAAAACAUAUGAAAUGAUUCGAUUAUCAUUUCUGAAAUAUUUAUGUUCAAAAAUCAAAUAUAUUGAAUCGCGAGAAGAGAAAGACGAAGAACAAUUAUAUUCAUCUUAUUAUAUAUCAUCAUUAGUUCAAUCAACAAAUAUUCUUAAUCGUUUUGUAAAUGAACAAAUUCAACAAACAUUAAAUCAAAAUUUUGAAUUGGAUUUUAUAAGAAAUAAUCAAUCUGUUAUUGAUGAAUUAUUUCCUCGUAUAGUAAUUCAUAAAAAUUCAAAUUCAAGUAAUUUACUUGACAUAAUGCAUAAUUCAGAUGAAGAUAUAUUAAAAGAUAAAGCAAAACAAUCGACAAUAAUGAAUGAUCUAUUUCAAAAUAGAGCUAUUAAAACAAAUAUACUUCCACCAAUUUGUACAUAUUAUAAACAAAAUAUUUUACAUGAAUAA